CUGCUGCGUAUCGAUUUCACGAAAUAUGCAUGUACAAAACCACAGUUAUUUCCCUUGUAAUUGAUUCGCCAUUUGCGGCGACGUAUACAAAAUAGUCAGGAAGUAAAGACGGAUUAGACAAGUACAUAAGUAAAAUAGAUUUUUUAGGUGCUGAACAUGCUCAGGUUGGGUAUUUUGCUAGCAGUGUGUUUGCAUGUAUGCUUGAGUAAACAGCCAAAUAUUCUGUUGAUAAUUGCUGAUGACUACGGUUUCAAUGACAUUGGUUACCACGGUAAAGAAAUAAAAACACCAAAUUUGGAUAAGCUUGCUUUGUCUGGGGUGCGCCUUGAAAACUAUUAUGUACAGCCAAUCUGCACACCAACCAGGAGCCAGCUUCUAUCUGGCAGAUAUCAAAUACAUACAGGACUACAGCAUGGGAUAAUUUGGCCAUCACAGCCCAAUGGUGUACCUCUAGACAGCCCACUGCUUAGUGAGAAAUUGAAGGAGGCUGGAUAUUCCACUCACGCUGUUGGGAAAUGGCAUGUGGGUUUCUACGAGAAACCAUUCAUUCCAACAAGCAGAGGAUUUGACACUUACUUUGGGUAUCUGACAGGCAGCGAAGACUACUAUACACAUUACAGAUGUUAUGGAGGAAUGUGUGGUAAUGAUCUACGUGAUAAUACAGAUCCAGCAGACAUGAAGAAAUAUAAAGGUUUAUACUCGACCCAUCUCUUUGCUGAUAAAGUGAUAGAUAUCAUUGAGAAACAUGAUAAUAGCAAGCCUCUGUUUGUUUAUCUACCAUUCCAAGCAGUCCAUGCACCUCUGCAAGUUCCAGAAGAAUACAUGAGACAGUACCAGAACAUAAAGGAUAAACAGAGAAGAACUUACGCAGGUAUGGUGUCAUGUAUGGACGAAGCAGUAGGAAACAUAACUGAAGCAAUGAAACGCAAAGGAUUAUGGGAUAAUACAGUUCUUGUUUUUAGCACAGACAAUGGAGGACAGGUACAUGAGGGUGGCAACAACUGGCCACUCAGGGGAUGGAAGGGAUCACUAUGGGAAGGAGGAAUGCAUGGUGUUGGAUUUGUUCACAGUAAACGACUUAAUGAAAAAAUGGUUGGGAAAAUAUCAAGAGAGCUUAUGCAUGUUACGGACUGGUACCCAACACUUGUCAGUCUUGCUGGAGGGAAUCUUAAAAAUGGAACCAAACCUCUAGAUGGUUUUGAUCAAUGGGAUACGAUAAAUUAUCGUAGACCAAGUCCGAGAAAAGAGCUACUUCAUAAUAUAGACCCACUGUAUCCUGCAUCUGGACAACCGUUACCAAACAGUACAUUCAACACAACAAGAAGGGCUGCACUCAGAGUAGGAGACUGGAAAAUCAUUACUGGAGACCCUGGGAACGGAAGUUGGGUACCACCACCUAACAUGAAUUUGCCUGCAUAUGGUAUUCAGGAGCGCACAACUUACAAAACAGACAAGAAAAAUGUGUGGCUGUUCCAUAUCGGGUCUGAUCCAAAUGAAAGAGUUGACCUGUCAGACACAUAUCCAAAGAUAGUGAAGGCAAUGCUUGAUAAACUCUCCCAGUAUGAGAGGACUGCAGUGACAUGCCGUUACCCACAAGGUGAUAGAAGAGCAGAUCCAUCUAAACUUGACGGUUUUUGGGGACCAUGGGAAUAAAACAAUAUGCUUCAGUAUGACCACAGACAAAAAUAUUUCUAAUAAACAGUUUCAAAAGACCAAAAUUUAAUAAACACUUUCAAAACCUCUUUUGUCCGUGUUUGUAAACGCAUUCCAUUAGCACGAUUUUUUUAAACAAACCAUUCACAAUAUAUCUUCUUAUUAUUCAACUUUACAAUAUUACAAAUUGUGAUAGUCACGUGGGGAAGUUGGCAGUUACUUGCGGAGAACAGGUUUGUACUGGUACAUAAUCCAGGAUCACUGGUUAGGUUAACUGCCCGCCGUUACAUGACUGAAAUACUGUUGAAAAAUGGCAUUAAACCCAAAACAAACAAACAAACAAAACAAAUUGUGAUAGAUCAAUUGCACAUAUCAUGUAAAACAGGCAGAGCUAAUACAGAGCAUAACUGAGCCAAUAUGAGAAAAGCAGGGCCAAUACAAGAAAACAGGGCCAAUACGGAAUUUAAGCAUUUUGAUUGGUUCGAAAGAGAGGACCAAUAUGGAGAAGUCACUUCCGUUAGAUAUUUAAACCAUGCCAUUUUGUUUUACAUGAAAAAUUAUACAUAACGAUAGUACUCACAUUUUUGACAAAAAUAUCAUCUAACGUGUUUAUGUAAUAACCAAGUAUGACCGAGAUUAGACAUACAAACGUCUGUAAGAGCCAAGUGAUUUGAUUGCUUGAGAACAACAAUUUGUUUGUGUAUUGAGAUUUAUGUAUUAAAAAUGUGAUACAUGCUUGCAAUGAAAAAAUUGUGUAUUGUGCAUUGUUUUCAAAAUCUAACAGUUCUUUUGGUGGUACCUUUAACCAUAGUAGAGUUGAUGAUAAUUUCAUAUUUGAUAAGCUUCCAUGUGAUAUUUGCUUCUUAAUAACCAUCUCUUAAUACUUGUUUUGUCUUUUAGCAGUUUGUAUUUGCCAGACCAGGAGGUGUUAUUAUACAGUUAUCGACUUUUUCAUAGAUUGAUAUCAAGAUUUAUCAACCCAAAAAGAGUUAUAUUCUCCGAGCCUCCUGAUACAUCAACCUAUGAAAAAGUCAAUAAUUGUUUUAUUACAUGAAUAAAUUUUAUAGUCAGUAUUGUUAUUACAAUUGUAUCUUUAAUACAGAAAAAAGGAAUAAAUUUAGACCAAAUCAGGUUGAUAUUGGUUUUCCAAGCACCUACAUCGAUCUAUUUUUAUUUUUGUACUAUUUAUAACCCAAGAUGAAUUGAUAUUAUAUGUACUCAUUACUUUUCAAACCGUUUUCAGCCAAUCAGAGAAACAACAGAAUACAGUCAUGUAAUAAUAUGUAUUAUUAUACCUCACUUUUGUCUACAAUGAUAAAAUCCAGUUACCCGAGAAAGAGAUAUUUUUACUGUAAAAAACAUUUUCAAACUUUAUGACAUGUGACCAAGAGAAAGUGACUGUCAGGUCAUGUGGCCAUACUGAUAUUUUAAAUGUCAUAAGGGCAAAUAACUGCUUCAAUUUUUUAGCCAAAUCAUGAAAUGAUUGCCUCCCUUGUACACAUAUAGUAGUGGCGUCACUAUUCAAUGUGUACACAGUGAUAUUGGAUGUUGAAAAGAUGAAACUGUUAAAUUAAAUUAAUUAAACGCAUUUUGUAACUUAAAUAUGUACUUAAUUUUGUUCGGUAUAAUAAAAUAAAUAUCAUAUGACAGCGUGUGUGACAUUGAUAUUGUCAACCCUUGAAUCAGAAUGUCACCACUCAGCUUUUGCCUCAGAUGACAUUCUGCCCUUGGGUUGACAAUAUCAAUGUCACACACGCUGCCAUAUGAUACUUAUAUAAUCUUAAAAUAAUUAUAUUUUAAUUAUUUAAACUCUUGGUAUUAAAUAACUUAAUAUUUAUGAAUUGUGCAGACUAUUCUGCGGUAAUUUGAUUUAAACUAUGUACUAAAGGAAAUGAUUGUACUUACAGCCCUUAUAUAUUUGUUGUAUUUGUUUGUACUUGUUUACAGUAGUCGGUUA